CUAAAACCGUUUUCUAAAAAAUGGAGGAGGCUACAAAAUAAGUUCAUUGUGCAACCAGCCAGCUAUUUGAAUUUGAAUUGGUUGCCUUGCUCAAUGGCAAGAGCAAGUGCUUCACAAUUCCUUUGUGAGAUUGUGAUACAUAGUAGUUGAUGUGAGGCUCAAAAUUUGGACUUCCUGCAUGGGCAUAAGAUGAUCUUGACAUUCAAAGGAAAAUUCCAAAUGAGGGUUUUUCCAGGGGCACCAACUUUCAAGGAUCAUGAAAAACAUUGGGAGAUCCAUGGAGCCCUGGUCUUGGGCCUGCUCCUUUUAGUCUCCAAUAAGCGAUCAAAGGAGAAUAAACAAGAUUCCUUGCUUGUUGCUUUCAAGCAAGCAAUAAAAAGAAAACGUACGGUAUUGGUUUGGGCACAGUUAAUGGCUUUAGCUUCUUCUAAGCUUCUCAGGGUAACUUUAACAAUGUGGUUUAAAUAGCUUACACACUGAUUUGGAGAGCAUCGCCUGUUUAGUUUCUGUUGCAGUUGCAGUCACAGUCACAGCCAAGGGCUUAAAAAAGAAAUGGCAGUGAUUAAGAAGUUUGGGGAUGAACACAGCAAAUUGUUGGACCAAUACGAGAUAUUGAGCUUUGAAGCGCGGCUAAACCAAGCAAUGUUGGAGAGGAGUCUCUCAGAGCCGAGGACGCUGAGGUCUCAACCGCGGGCUCUAUUCGCUGGCUCUGGCUUAGACUCAGGCUUAGUUCAACUACCAUACUUGGUAACCACUACUAAUCAUCCCAAAAAAGGACGCCGUGGAUCCACAUUCAACUUCAAGAACAUACUCAACAAGUUACUCAAACCCAUUUUGGAGAGGAAUAGUACAAAGAAGGAACUCCCACAUUCCAGAAACUCCAUGUCCUGGAAAACCCUCAGUAAAUCCAUGCGCCUUUGAUAUUUUUAAUCUUGUCAAUCUGCCUUCUUGCCUUGCUUUCCCUUAUCUUGUCGGCCAACGGUAGCUAAUGCUCAUGAUGUACUAAGCCUAGGACUAACCUUGUGUAAAAUGCAAUCAAGAUAAUGCAUAUCAAUCAAUCACGCUUUUAAGCGAUUAACAAGAUUUUCUGCAAACAAUAUUCGGAUAAUUGAUGUGCAUUAGCGAUUCUGUUAUGUUUUUCCUCUUUAUAUUUUGUUUCAACCCUACUCCUUGACGAUUUUGGGCCGUUCUUGCUAUCGAAGCCGAGAGUGGGUUAGGCCCAAACAACUUCCAUCUUUGACCCUUCAUUCUCCAAUCUCCACAUUUCUGGAGAGUGGAGAUAGGGACCAAACCGAAGUUCAGUUCAGUCGCCGUGAUGCCGUAUGAGAGCCACACCAACUUCAGCUUCUCAUCCAAUCAUCUUUGCUUCCUUUGAAAUCCCAAACAUAAGCGAAUGCAUCUCGCCCUUCCCCCCUCUUUCUUCACAACUCGUCCACUCUCUUAUACAUAUACGCCUUUCGCUGCCAACUUCUGUGGAGAAUAUAGCAGGCUAAGCGCCAAUAAACAAUCCCAUUCCAUCGACACCGGCCAGCAUAGUUUCACUCACAACGCUCAUGCCUCACCCUUCAAAUUGGAGAUUGAGAUCCCCACUAGGGUGACGAGAAUUAAAUCACUGCCAAUACCGUCCGAAGAAGGGACUGAAAUUUUCAUCAUGUCUCAGAAACGCACUGAGAUUCGAAACGUAUCUGAAUUCAAUGACCGGUUAAUGGAUUUCGUCUCAGAAAAUGAGCUCGAUCUUGCCCUGAAACUGUUGUCUAAUAUAUCAUCUUACGGUUUGGUCCCAAAUUCUAGAACAUUUUCCAUCAUGAUAAGGGGCUAUUGCAAGAAAGGAGAAUUGGAAACUGCGGGCAAGGUUUUAGAGCAAAUGGUGGGAAGGGGUCAUAACCCAAACGAUGCAACCGUCACGGUUCUCGUGAAUGCUUUCUGCAAAAGGGGUAAAACGCAGAAAGCUUUAGAAAUGGUUGAGAUGGUGGGAAGGAUUGGACGCAAGCCAACCGUCCAGACAUACAAUUGUUUGUUGAAAGGCCUAUGCUACGUUGGGAGAGUGGAAGAGGCAUGCGAAAUGGUGACGGAAAUGAAGAAGGAUAGGUUGAUACCUGACAUUUACACGUAUACGGCUCUUAUGGAUGGCUUGUGUAAGGUAGGCCGAUCAGACGAGGCAAUGGAAUUGCUCAUUGAAGCAGAGGGAAAUGGUUUAAAACCAAGUGUAGUCACUUUCAACACCCUCUUCAAUGGCUACUGCAAGGAGGGCAGGCCAGUGGAUGGAAUCUAUGUGCUGAACAAAAUGAAGCAAAUUAACUGUACGCCCGAUCGCAUUACCUAUACUACUCUGCUACACGGACUCAUAAAAUGGGGUAAAAUCCGAAUAGCCUUGAGUACAUACAAGGAAAUGGUUAGCUCAGGCCACACCAUCGAAGCAAAAAUGAUGAAUACCUUCAUGAGAGCAUUAUGCAGGAGAUCCUGGAAUGAAAAGGACCUACUUGAAGAUGCCCAUCAAGUGUUCGAGAAAAUGAAGGACGACUAUCAAGUUAUUGAUCAGAGUACAUAUGGCCUGCUUAUCCAAGCACUCUGUUCAGGAAACAUGAUUUCGGAGGCUCUGGCAAAUUUGCAUCAUAUGAUUGAAAAAGGGUACUCUCCAAGAGCGAUUAUCAUUGACGUUGUUGUUCAAACCCUUUGUCAUAGAGGAAGCGUCGAUGAAGCAUUGCUUGUUUUGGGGCAUGGAAUCCCUUUCAGAAGAUUUUCUUUUGACUUGAUAAUUGAUGAACUAAAUAAACAAGAAAUGAGGUUUAGUGCUUGUAACGUAUAUGGUUUGGCUUUGAAACGAGGUGUUAACCCCACGAAGACCCCAAGAUAAGCAAACAUGUACAAAUUGCCCAGCCGAGUAAAUGAUGUUUCAUUUCAUGCGCUAUCAUUUUUAGGUCGAAAA